AUAAAUAAUAAAUAGUAAUCCUGGUUGAUAAAAAUGGGAUACAUUAGUAAUUGAUUAUGCACAAUUAUGCUCAUUGUUCUUGCCUCAGCCCAGCUAGAGGCUGACAAACUGUGAAUUUAUAAAUCACAGGGAAAUAUCUGGAGAAUUUCCUCUGCAGCGCCGGGUGAGGGUAUUAUAACAGUCCCCUAUCCAGCCCAAAACAAAGAGAUAGAGUUCGGCAUAUGAGAAAAGGUCAAGUGUGGAGAUGAUGAAGGAUACGCCUUAAUGACUGAUCUCGGUACAGGAAAAUGCACUCUUUUAACUGACGAUAAAAAAAACCCAAAAGUCACUCCUCUUGGGAACGAAGACUUAAAGUUGCUAUUUCAGAAUACAAAUGGCCCAGAGUGAGAAUUUGAUGCAGCUCAAGACUAUAAAUUUCAAAUGGUUCUUGAAUGAAAUGGGGAUGAUGAAGACUUUUCAAUAGACACUUCUGUUGAACCAGAUUCCUGUACUUAUGCAGUAAAAGCCAAAAAGAAGGCUGGAUGUCCUUUCAUUAGAGGAAAUGCUAUCUGGAAGUUCUUAGAUAAAUACUCUGUUUAUGUUACCCCAGCUGUAAUAAUUGUUGGAGCUUUCUUUCUGAUGGUGGGAGGAUAUUUCAAAAAGAUCAGCAUUUUCUUAAUUGUUCUGACAUCAGUUGUUUUCAUUAGUAUAUUCGCUCUUUAUGCAUUCAUUCUUCCAUAUUCUACCCCUGAAUGGGCAGGAUGGGUGAUUAUAAUCUGUUCAGUAAUUGCAGGAUUAAUAGCGGGAUUUUUCCUUGCGACAUUUCUGAAAAUUGGAGUUUUUCUUCUUGGCGCAUGGGGAGGUGCCAUGCUUGCCACAACAUUAUAUGGCUUAUUUGUAUACAAGAUAUCAGAUAAGAGCUAUGUUCUUUACAUCAUGAUUGCAGUCUUUGCUCUUAUUAUUGCACUUCUUUCACUAAAACUUCUGAAGCUUGUUCUUGUGAUAUGAACAUCAUUUAUUGGCGCAUACAUGGUAGUCCGAGGUGCUGCUGUCUAUAUCGGAGGUUAUACUAAUGAGUUCCAACUAAUCAAUGAAAUCCAAGCAAAAGAUAUCGACAACAUCCCAUGGAGUGCUUAUGUCUACAUCCUCUCCAUCUUCGCACUUGCCGUAUUAGGAAUCCUCUUCCAGCAAUACAGAUUCAAGCUCCUAUCAAGGAAAGGAAGAUCUGGUGACUACCAAAACCUCUAACUUUGCUCUCACCAUUCCUUCCAAUUUA